AUGGAAGUCUUCGUCCGCAACGUGCCCAGCCAGGCUACUGACAAGGACCUGCAACGAGCGUUCGUCGGCCCGCUUGGUGAGUGCGGCACACAGGAUUUUCACGUCGACAAGAUCCGCGACAAACCUUUGGCGGUUCUCACAUUACUCGACAAGAGUUGCGGGCAACAGUUUUUGCACAUCUAUGGAGUUCCGCAGAACUCUCGUCACAAUGUCCGAAGCACAAAGUCGGUGAGAUGCAGUGGACGCCCUCUCAUAUGCGCACUCAGCCGCAACGCGCCACACGACUAUGCAAUCCAAUCGUUGGCGUACGAAGCAGCUCGCAAGCCAUCCAAUGCACUGGUCCCGCUGGACGCGUCCAAUGCCCUGGUCCCGCUGAACGCGUCCAAUGCCCUGGUUCCGCUGAACUUAUCUAAUGCCCUUGUCCCCAUCAAUGCUCUAGUCCCCGCAACUACACAAACCGAGAAUCGCACAUCACGACGUUUUGCGACACGCGAAUUGCAAUGUGGUCAAUGGGGCUACGAGGGCGACAGACUCGUCUUCACUACACACUACAAGCGCACGACUAACGGCAGUAUCACAUUCGGCAGCAAGGAAGCCAUCUUGCUGCUUGGUGAUACCAACGCACAGCAUGUCCGAAUCGAUCUCAGCUAUCACCACUGCGAUAGUGUCAUCACAGGCAGCACGAACGAUCCCACGAUCUGCAUCAUGCUACGCAGUUCCCCAAAGUUCUACGAUGUUCAUGGUCAAGAUGUCCUCACUACUGGGCUAGCUGCCCUGGUAAUCGGCAAUACUGUGGCAAGACAAAAGGACAUUCGGAAGACAAGGCUAUCCAGUAUUGACGACAACCAUCGCAAAAUCGCGGGCGUUGCCCUCGUCUAUCGCAUCACUCUGGCUAGCCGUCAUGAAAUCACAACGAACAGGUCCCUGCUAUCCAGGAGCCGCCAUCUAAUAUCCGUCAUCUCGAUGCCAACGAAGGUGCAUUUUCCGCAAGAGACAUGGGCCCGGAGUAAGGAGCGGCUCGAUCUUGAGCUCGCAGACAUGGGACGAUUUGGAAACAUGCCUUUCAAAGUGCGCUUUCAGCUAGAUGGGCUCGCGCGAAAUGGCCGACUGUCUCCACGAACCAUUCUGGAUCUCUUACCUCGGGUGAAAACUCUGCUCGACAGGUACAGCACGGGCGCUGUACUCACAGCGCUGAUGAAACUGCACAAGAACAUGCCAAAUGCGGGUCCAGGUACCGACGCCGAGGACUUGUCUGUCGAAGGUCUGACAUACAUGCUGAUGCAAUAUGCCAUGGCGUACGACCCUCAAGCACCGGACAACGUGUAUGAGCUUACAAAACGACAUGCCCACGUCGAGCUCAUUCACAGAGUCGUGAUCACACCAGCGGGUGCAUACCUCGAAGGGCCAGGACCUGAGCCGACGAACCGUGUCUUGCGUCAAUAUGCAGGCCAGACAGACAACUUCCUGCGGAUCAUUUUCCAGGAUGAGGAUGGUGGAAACGUACACUACGAUCCACGAGCUUCGAAUACGCUUAUAUUCCACAAGCGGUUCAAAGGUAUCUUGGACGGCACGUUCAAUAUCGCUGGCCUUGGUUUCUCGUUCCUAGGUUUCUCCCACUCUAGCAUGCGCAACCAGUCAUAUGAUGCUGAGAUCUUUCACCUUGCAAUAAUAGAGCGCAAUGGUCGCGACUUUUCCGAUGGAGUCGGCACGAUUUCACAGGCGCUGCUUAGUGAUAUAUGGCAAGUCUACGGCACGAGACGUCAACUCAAGCCGACCAUUCUGCAGAUUCGCUUCCGUGGGGCCAAGGGAGUCGUCGCACUCGACUCACGCCUGCAAGGCCGACAACUUUGCCUGCGCUCGAACAUGGAGAAGUUCAGCGGCUCCACGUCGCGCACACUGGAGAUCUGUGGUGCUGCCUUCAAGCCAUUGCCUAUGGUGCUGAACCGUCAAUUUGUCAAGAUCCUUGAGGACCUCGGGGUUCCCACAGACUCUUUCCUUAAGCUGCAAAGACACGCCGUGGAUAGACUUAGAUGCAGACUCAAUAACGUCAUCAACACGGCUGGUCUGAUGGAUGAGAUUGAGACCACGCGCGCAGCACGUAUCUCUGAGCUCAUCACACGGCUAGACGAGAUUGGUGUGGACUUUCGUGCAGAUGCUUUCCUGUACAGCAUUGUGGAGAUGGCUGUGAUGACGAAGAUGCGAGACAUCAAGUAUCGUGGUCGUACACCAGUGGAGCAAGGUACCACCCUUUAUGGCAUCAUGGAUGAGACCGGAGUUCUGGAGGAAGGCGAGAUCUAUGUGGCUAUGGAAGCCGGCCCUGGCGGAGGUCGCCACACUAUUGUUCGCAAAAGAAUCGUAGUCACGCGCUCGCCGGCAAUGCAUUCAGGCGAUGUGCAGCUCGUCAAUGCUGUGGAAGUUCCCGGCACAUCGCCACUUAAAGAUCUGAGGAACGUCGUGGUCUUCAGCAGCAAAGGGCAACGCGAUCUCCCCAGCCAGCUGAGCGGCGGCGACCUUGACGGCGACCUCUACAACGUCAUUUGGGAUCCUCGACUGAUGCCAGAAUUUGCCGUUGCGCCAGCCGACUAUCCAAAAGUCGCACCGUUUGAGCUCAACCGCCAGGUCACCAGCAAAGACAUGAGCGAUCACUUCAUCCGCUUCAUGGAGACUGACCAGCUAGGUAUGUUGUGCAACGUACACAUGCAGCUGGCUGAUCAGUUUGACCAGGGCACAUUCAGUGCGGAGUGUAUAGAGCUUGCAGGCAUGGCGAGCACUGCCGUGGACUACUCGAAGACUGGUAUUCCUGUCAACAUGAAAGAAUGCCCGAAGCACAACCACUAUCGUCCAGACUUCAUGUCACCAUCACCUCGUUUCAUCGUCUCUGGAGAAGGCUAUCUGGACCUCGAAGAAGACGACCAGGACGAUGACGAUGCUUUCGAAGGUCUCGACAGCGAGCGCAGACCUUAUCAAUAUUAUGAGAGUCAGAAGGCCCUCCGCCUUUUGUACCGCAAUAUCGAUGAGCGCAAAUUCCUCGUCGGCAUGCAGCAGAACCAGAGACUGCUCAUUGGCAAUGCACCUAGCGUGCCGAUGCUCGAACGAGUGCUUGACACCUUCGAGGAGAAUCUGCUCGACAUCAUGUAUGCCGAGUGCCCAACGACAGUAGGCUGCCUCUCCGAGAUGGAAGUCUUCUCCGGCAGCAUUCUCGGUCGCCAAGGUGGUGCACAAGGUAAGCCCCUGCGUGAGCUGAGUAAGAACAUGAGGGAGCGCUUCGAGCCUGUCGUUGACUAUGCUGUCAAGCGCAUCAUUUAUGGUGAUGGAACGAUCAAGACGAUUACAGAUCUGGACGAUUUGUACGAUGUGCCGGCGGAACGUGAGCUGGAGGCUUUGCCGCGUGCGAUCGCUUGCUUCAAGGUGGCUGUUGAGGAGGCUGGGUGGGUGGAUAGGCAGGCAGGUGAGAUGAAGAGUUUUGCGUAUGUGGCUAUGCGAGUCUGCUUGCAGGAGCUGCAGCGUUGGCGCAUCACGACAAUGGGUGCCUUCAGCAUGCCUAGGAUCGAUGGUUAG